AUGUCCUUCAGAACCCGCGCGUCGUCCUGGCCCCGUCUAUUCCUUCACCGGAACCAUCCUCACAACCCUAGAUCCUCAUUUUCCCGUCAAAUCUGCAGUCUCCAUGCCUCAUCCAGCAGAAACCAGGAUUCCUGCUUUCCUGUAAAUCAGAGGCCAUGGAUCGCAUCGCAGAUGCACCAAUUCUCCUCCGUAAGCUCAAUGUCACCUUCGGAAGCCGAGAAAGUCGUGCGAGAGCUUUUAUCUGAGGUGGAGAAGGAGAAGCAUCGUGAGAGAGAUGAGAGGCAAAUGCAAGGAUUGGAUUGCAAAGACAUUGACGACGAAGAAAACGAGGAUUAUCUGGGGAUUGAGCCGUUUAUCGAGAAGCUUAAGAAGCAGAAUUUGAAGGAUGAUGGUGAAUUAAAUAGGCGCGAGGAGUCUUCUGAUUCAGAUAGUGAACUUGACGAAGUUGAUUGGGAUGAAGAAAGAAAAAAGGAAGACAUCUUCAAGAAGAAGUUCCAGAGGCAUAAAGAAGUUCUCCAGACCCUUACAAACUCAGAGACACUCGAUGAGGCCUAUAGGUGGAUGAACAAAUUAGACAAAUUUGAGGAGAAACAUUUCAAACUUCGACCUGAGUACAGGGUUAUUGGUGAGCUGAUGAACCGUUUGAAGGUAGCUGAAGGUAAAGAGAAGUUUAUUCUCCAGCAGAAAAUAAACAGAGCUAUGAGGUUGGUUGAGUGGAAAGAGGCUUUUGACCCAAACAACCCAGCCAAUUAUGGAGUCAUCGAACGAGACAAUGUUCAAGGUGGUAAUGCUGGAGAAGAAAAAGAAGAGCGUCUUGUGGCAGAUGGGUCUAAGGACGACAAUGAUGAUACUGAUGAUGAAGAGGAGUUUGAUGACAUGAAAGAAAGGGAUGAUAUUCUGUUAGAGAAGCUGAAUGCCAUCGACAAGAAGCUUGAGAAUAAGCUCUCUGAGCUUGAUCAUACAUUCGGGAAGAAGGGAAAGCGGUUGGAAGAGGAGAUUAGAGAUCUGGCUGAAGAGAGAAAUGCUCUGACAGAGAAGAAAAGACAACCUUUAUACAGAAAAGGAUAUGAUGUGCAUGUGAUAGAUGUAAAAAAAGUGGCUAAGGUCACAAAGGGUGGCAGAGUUGAAAGGUACACUGCAUUGAUGGUUUGCGGGAACUAUGAAGGUGUCAUUGGGUAUGCAAAAGCAAAAGCUGAGACUGGCCAGUCUGCAAUGCAGAAGGCGUAUGAGAAAUGCUUUCAGAAUCUUCAUUACGUAGAGCGUCAUGAGGAGCACACCAUUGCACACGCGAUACAGACUUCUUACAAGAAAACCAAGUUAUACCUAUGGCCUGCACCAACAACGACUGGAAUGAAAGCUGGGAGAGUUGUCAAAACAAUCUUGCUUCUAGCAGGAUUCAAGAACAUCAAAUCAAAGGUAAUUGGUUCAAGGAAUUCAUACAACACCGUUAAGGCAGUUUUGAAGGCGUUGAAUGCGGUUGAAACGCCAAAGGAUGUUCAAGAGAAGUUUGGACGGACUGUUGUCGAGAAAUAUCUGCUGUGA